AUGUCCGAAAUGAGUUUGCCGAUGAAGCUGAAACUCAGCGAGACAAGGAACGUCCAUAAAUUCUGGUAUUCUCCUGGUAAGCUCCGUCGAAACUCGCAGAAAUGCGCUGGUUCCAUUUCGGGCGCUGAAGUUGGUUCUGGCACUGGAGCUGAUUCGGGCGCUGAAGUUGGUCCGGGCAGUGGAGCUGAUUCGGGCGCUGAAGCUGGUCCGGGCGCUGAAUUUGAUCCGAGCACUGGAGCUGAUUCGGGCACUGAAGUUGGCCCGGGCACUGGAGCUGAUUCGGGCGCUGAAGUUGGUCCGGGCACUGGAGCUGAUUCGGGCGCUGAAGUUGGUCCGGGCACUGGAGCUGAUUCGGGCGCUGAAGCUGGUCCGGGCGCUGAAUUUGAUCCGACCACUGGAGCUGAUUCGGGCGCUGAAUUUGAUCCGACCACUGGAGCUGAUUCGGGCACUGGAGCUGAUUCGGGCGCUGAAGUUGGUCCGGGCACUGGAGCUGAUUCGGGCGCUGAAGUUGGUCCGGGCGCUGAAUUUGAUCCCGGCCCUGGAGCUGAUUCGGGCGCUGAAGUUGGUCCGGGCGCUGAACUUGGUUCGGGCGCUGGAGUUCGCGCCGGCACUAGAGUUGGUUCUAUCACUGGAGUUGUUUCGGGUGCUGGAAGCUCUUCUGAUGCUGGAGUUAGUUCAGACGCUGGAAUUAGUUCGGGUGCUGAAACUUGUUCUGAUACUGGAGUUAGUUCAGGCGCUGGAAUUAGUUCGGAUGUUGGGAACGAGGAAAAGUGCAAACUUUUGCAGAAAGAGGUCAGGUACCUCGGUCAUAUUGUAUCACCAGAAGGUAUAUCCACCGACCCGGACAAAUUGAAAGCCGUGUGA